AUGAGAAACGAGACAUCAACUCCAACAAACCCCAAAACUGACAUUCCCAGAAGCUUAGUAGAGGCAGCAAGGAAAGUUGAUAUUCCGUCGCUUUUGCUGUUUGCGAACGCCUUCGUUCUGCAACAGCAACGCCAGCAGCAGCAGCCGUACUUUGUGCCCGCCACAAGAGCGGAAGGAGAACUACAGCAGCAACUGCUGCAAUGCCGUGAAAGGCUGCUGCGGCUUCUGCAGCAGAGCGCAGCAACAGCAGCAGCAGGCGCUGCUGUGGCUGUUGCUAUUGCUGGCAAUAGCUACUACGAUAAAGACAGCCGAGCGCUAAUAUUCAACGAAACCACAGCUGAGACUUGGAAUGAUUUGCUGCAGGAUCUCCGGACCCUUUUGUCCCUUCUUAACACAAUGCUACAAUCUCAGCAGUGCCCACUGCCGGAAACUGCAGCUGCUGCAGUGGAGCGGCUGCUGGAGGAUAUCAACACCGCCCUGCACUACAGCCGCAACAGAAAGCGGGAAAAUAGAAGGAAUUUUCAAGACUGGCAACAGUACAGAGGUGGGCAGAGUUCACAGGGACACCCGAGCUGGUUGCAGCAGCAGCGUGUUCAGCAGCAACAUCACCAGAGACAGCAAAUGCACCUUGUGCAAGCAGAAAUUAAGGCUAUAGCAGAACAACUGGCAAAAUGGCAACAUACGGGAAAAGUAGAUACCCACAGAAGUGGGGAAACGUCACUCCCGGACAAUGCAUCAAAAAAUGAAACGGCAAGCCCAGCAGCAACAAACAUAUCUAUAGUGGACAGCUUGAGCCGCCAACGAAGCACCGAAGAAGAUUCAGAUCCAUCAAGCGACGCCAGUAGUCUCAGCAAAAGUAACCACAGCAUAAAUAGCAGCGACACCAAUAGCAGCGAUAGCAAAAACAGUAGUAACGCAAGUAGCAACAGCAGCAAAAACAGCGCAAGGAGUGAAGACAGCAGCAAGAUUACCAGUAGUAGUAACAGCAGCAGCAACCGUAGCAGCUCAAACAACAGCAAGGCGAGUAGUAGAAGCAGCAGUAAAAGCAGUAGCAGCAGUAGCGGCAGCGACAGCGAGAACAACAAGACAGCUGAUCCCGUUGAUGCUCCUUCAGGGGCAGCCGGAGCAGCUCCAGCUCUGGCACCACGUGAAAGUCCCGUUUCGCUAACAGUGCACGCAGGAGAAAAACACCAACACAGGUCCAGCGAUAGUUAA